AUGCUGCUGUUUCUCUUUCCGCUUCUUCUUCCAGUCUUCAGUCCUGCUUCAGCCUGGAUUGUGAGUGACUUCACUUUCUUUUCAAACAUGUAGGUGCUGCAGCUGUUUGUUACAUUAACAGUGGGGUUUUCUUCUUAGCCAGUGGAGGACUGGGAGUCUGGCAAUGUGACUGCAUCACUGGGUGAGUCUGGUCAGUGCCUUUGUCAUGUUUAUUUGCCUGAGACCACCUUCCCCUCUGACCGGGUUCAGCAUAUGCAAGAAGUCAGCAAGGAUCUGAUCUUGGAGGUGGACAUCCAAAUAAAAAAGGUGCAGUGAGAUCUAUUCAGACCUAGACCUAUUGAGUUUUUACAAGUGUUUAUGUAUCAAAUCAUCCAACUAACAAACACUUUUUCAUACCGAUUCUUUUUCUCUCUUUCAGAUAGAGGGCUACGAGGGGAAGCUGGAGGUCUACUUAAAGGAUCUGGCUGACCUGACUCUUAGAGUGGCCAUGCUAGAGAGCAGUGCUGACAACUACAUCAAACUGGACUUCGAGAUGCUGAGGAUUGAGCUCAGACAGUUUGAGGCUCUGGUCUCUCAACUCAAAGACUCUCUCAACUCUUCUUCACCCAUGUUUGACAGCCUGUACACGGAGGUGAGGGUGACAUUUUUUUGACAUACUUCUAAACUCCUUCUUAAUCUGAAACGAAUGUAUAGAUUUGAUCUUUGUAUUUAAUCCUAGAUCCGCAACAUGACUCUCAUUGUGGACCAACUGGAGAUUUACGACAAAAGCAACUUGCAAUUGAUCCGGUUUGAGUUUGCCAAGCUGCAGAAGAAGCUUGAGGAGUGCCAGCAGGAGCAGGACUACAUCAAGCCAGAUAUAGGUAAAUGGAGGAUCUACAAAAAAAUUGGUAUUUUAAAAAACAGCAACUGCAUUGUAUCGCCUGCCAAAGUCAACUUUUUCCGCUCUUUUCAGGCAACUGCAAUCACACAGGAAUCCUGAGCAUUAGCAAGCCAGUGGUGAUCCAACUGAAUCAUCAUUUGUCUGCAGGAUAUCACUAUGGAGGCUGGGGAAAAGACUCUAAACCUCUUCGAGGCCAUGAGUCGAUGUACUUCUACGGUGGAUACAGCAGCCCUCUUGUGUAUGACUUUUAUAUGUAUGACAACUACGACAAGCUGCUUCUGAGGUCUUACUUUAAACAUUAUCACAUACCUAAUGGGUGGCUAGGUGUUGGCAACAAUUACAUUAUCCAUCGUAACUCCAUCUAUUAUCAGAUCAAUUCUCCCUUCAGUAUGAGCAAAAUAAAUCUGACCGGCUCUACCACAGCUUACAGAGUGAUCCCAAAGGCAAGCCAAAAGUUCUCCUACAGUUACUCAGAAAAUCAGAACCUGGAUUUUGCAGCUGAUGAAACAGGAUUGUGGGUAAUGUAUGCCUCUGACGAGAGCAAAGGUAGAAUAGUCCUGGCUAAGAUAGAUGAGAAAUCUUUUGGUAUUGAGGAUGAGAUGAGCACAGGUGUGUAUAAGCAGCUGGCUGGGAAUGCAUUCAUGGCCUGUGGGGUCAUGUAUGUCACCAGGUCAGUGGAUGUGAGCACAGAGGAGAUCUUUUAUGCCUAUGACACAAAGACCAAGCAGGAGAAGCACCUGAGCAUUCUCUUCCCCAAAUUCCAGGAGAAAUACUCCAAUUUGGAUUAUAAUCCCAGUGAUCAGAAGCUCUAUAUGUACAACAACGGCUACUACGUGUCCUAUAAUGUGAGGUUCAACAAAGAGUGA